UUCAGACAUGGCGCCAUCUCCCGCUUUCCCUCCCUUCACGCAAAUCUCUCUUUUAUCCAAUCUCAGAUCCCCUCACCGUUCUUGUCUACUUCUCUUCUUCGUCUCUGUUGCUUUUUCAUUUCUCGCAAGACAAUGGGGAAGCAAGGCAGAUCCAAGGCGAAGCCCGAGAAUCUCGGCAAAGGGAAAGUCACUCCGGUCCAAGUCGCAUUCAUCGUGGACCGUUACCUUUCCGAUAACAACUACCCCGGAACCCGUUCCGUUUUCAGGAACGAAGCUUCUGCUCUCAUCUCCAAGUCCCCCGUUCGAGAGGCGCCGAAGAGUUUGUUGAGUUUAGGAGCGAUGCUGGACGAGUACAUCUGUUUGAAAGAGCGGAAAGUGAUGUUGGAGCAGGAAAAGGCUCGUUUGGAGCAAGAAAAAUGCAGGGUUCAGACCCUUUUGCAGGGAAUGCAAAGUGUAAUGAACGCUUACAAUGCAAGCGCGACCGCAUCCUUGCCUACGAUCCCUCAUGCUACUGCAACAAAAUCCGUAUCUGUGGUUCCUCAAUCAGAUCCAUGCGCCGGAUCUCCUACAGCUUUAGGCCCUCCCGUGUAUGGGACACCAACUGUUAUUCCAGUAUCUGGUCCUUCUAAUUCCAGAAUGGAGCAUGAUAACUACUCUUCGCCAGUUACAAGUCAGCCAAUAACAAGAAAGAAAAGGAGCUCGGAGGCUGUCACAGAAGCCCCAGCAGCUGAAAAAAAAACUCGUAGCAAAUUAAGUUCUAGGAAAUUGACAACCCAAGGAACAGAAAAGCUUCCAGAGUCUGAGAAUGUAAUGAAUAGUCAAGUAGCUGCUCAGCUAAUUCCUGCAAAUCAAUCAUCACCACCCGAUAACACAGCCAAUAUUUCGACAAUGCAUGUAUCUAGCGUUGCAAAGUGUUUGUUCAAUCGGCCACAUCUGUCCCCUCCAACCAAUUCAUCAGGUCCUAAGACACCCCCACAAGCAGUUUCCCCUCAGAGUGAUAAAUCAAUGACUCCACUGGGUGUAUCUUCUACUGCUAAUUGCAGCCACAACAAUACCCCUCAAGAGAUCACUCCUACCAACUGCACUAUAAUUUCAACCGAGAGAGUUACAGUUAGUCCCUUAAAACAAAUGACAUGUUACACCAUUGAGAGGAACCGUUGCAUUUCUUCUUGUUCACCGGUUAGGACAAGCUUGAAGAGGCUUGGCAAGAGGGAUCAUGUAAAGGGCCGGCUGGAUUUUGAUGGUUCUGAUGCAACAGUGAAUGUGGACAAACCAAUAACCAAUGAGACUUCAACAUCUGAGUCUGAAAUGGAUGCAGAUAUCUUUGACCUGGAUUUGCCUAGUUUAGAUGCUUUUGGAGCCAAUUUCUCCUUCUCUGAACUGUUAGUGGAUCUUGAUCUUGGAUGUGAAGGAAUUGGCUAUCCUUGCCAACCAACAUUGGGUCCUUCUGCAGAUGCUCUUUCAGGGUCAUCCCAUGAAUCGGGGGAUGGCAACCUGGGGGCCCCUCAAGUCAUGUCAGAGUUUUCAUCUACUGUCACGAAAGUGUUUUCAGAGAAAGACAUGAAUGCACAAGGUCCCGACAGUGUGACUUCAGUGAAGUCUAUAACAAAAUGCGUAAAAAUAUUAAGCCCUGCUAAAGGUCGAAGGAGUUCUUCAGAGCAACAAAAUUGUUCUUCUAAGAACUGACUGGUUUUAUCAUCAAGAUGACCCUUUGGCUGACAUGUCCCAGUGCAGCACUCACUGGAAGCAAAGUUUAACAACACAAUAUUGU